AGAUGAAUAAAAUCCAGGAUAAUGAACUUUGGGCUAAUGAUGAUUUCGAAACUGAUAGUGAAUAUGACAUUAAUGAUAAUAACACUGAAGCAUGGCAAUAUUUUAAAUUAGAAGGAAAUUUCACAGUAUGUCAAGUCGAAAUAACUCAAGAUGGAAAAAAAAAAAAUGCGAGUGUGGGAAAAAAAGAACAGGUUACACUUGAACAAAUUAUAGAAAAAGUAAAACCGCAUAACACAAAUAAACAAAACGAAUUACAAGCAGCAUGUAUAGAAUGGAUUGUUCUGGAUUCUUUGUCCUUUAAUGCACUUCGUGGAAAAGGAUUUCAGCGAUUUAUGAAAAAAAUUGAUCCACGAUUUAAACCACCAUCUGAUAAAGGAUGUAAGAAUUUUAUAGUAGCAGCUUAUCAGGAUGGAAUAACCAAACUUAAAAUGCAAAUUAAUGAAACAUGUGAAUAUGCUACUAUUACUACGGAUCUCUGGACCGCCAGAUCCAAAUUUGGAUAUAUCAGUAUUACGAUUCAUUGGCUCACACCUAAUUUUGAAAUUAUUGAUACGCUUCUUACUAUUGAACGUAUGCGGUACCCCCAUACAGCCGAAAAAAUUAAUGAUUAUAUUAAUAAUAAAAUAGACGAAUUUGGUUUAA